GCACACUCAGCCUACAAAACCAAACCUUCACCAUGCGUUUUCUCAUCGCUUUCUGCCUGAUUGGUGCCGCCUGCGCCCAGUACAACUACGGAGCUGGAUUUACCGGAGCCGCCUCCGAUAAUGUUCCCAGCUACUCCGGAAGCGGUGUUGGCGACUCCUACGAUGGUGCCGCCAGCAGCCCGGACUACUCGGUCUCCAGCGAACUGAACAAGGAGUACUACACCUUCGAGGCUGACGAGAGCCAGUUCGAGGAUCCUCUGGCCGCCCAGAAGAUCGCCGGCUCCGUGAACAAGGGACUCCGCGUGGUCUUCAUCAAGGGACCCGAGAACCGUGGCCUGGAGAACGCUGCUCUGGCCCUCGCCAAGCAGGCUGCCGAGCAGAGGACCGCCAUCUAUGUCCUGAACAAGCAGACCGACAUUGGAGAUCUGGCCCAGAAAUUCAAUGCCGCCCGCCAGAACUCCAACCAGCGUCCUGAGGUGCACUUCGUCAAGUACAGGACUCCCGAGGAUGCGGCCAAUGCCCAGCGUGCCAUCCAGUCGCAGUACGAUAACCUCGGAGGAUCCAGCCAGAACAUCAACGGAGGAGUUGCCAACGCCAUCAACUUCGCCUCCGCUGCCCCCGUGGUUCCCGCUCGUCGUGGCCCCAACUACUCCCCACCAGCCGCCGCCACGAGCAACUCCUACCUGCCCGCCAACAUCCUGCGUCGCCUGCGCAUCCGUUAAGGACCGAAUGGAAAGUGACAGUUGUUAAAUGUGUUGUAGAAAUGUAAUUGAAUAAAAAACGAAAAUCGAUAAAAACCAA